CUCUCACCCAGCAGCAGAUAAUGAAGGCUCCCUUUUCCCUUUCUAGAACGCACAGGGCACAUUCCUUCCUGGGACGCUGCUUCUGGGGACCCUUCGCCAUUUGUCUGAUUGAGAAAUGACAGCGUAGGGGUCAUAGCAGGGCUUGAUAUUUUGCGGGGCGGGGUCUUUGCCCCUGGAAGAUGCUGUGUGGUCAGCCUGGCCCCUGCCUCCCAGAUCUUCCCCAUUGCCUCUCUCCCCGCCCCCGGCCUUUCUUUUAGUCUCCUCAAGCGGCAGGUGGCUUGAAAAGGGAAGCGGGUGGAAAUCCUCUUCUACAUCCCUUCCCCAAACUGUAUUUCCCCGUUUGCCAUGGGGAGCUGGGUGUCCCGGGAGGCCCCCUUCCUGCCCAUUGGCUCCCCCUCUGGGAUACUUCCUGCUCUUCUCGCAUUUGGGGGGGGGGAGGUCUCCCAUCAGCUGCGCCUCUGAUGCUCGAAUGGUGAUGGUAAGGUUUGUUUUGUUUUGUUUUGAAACAAUAAAAUAUCUGGAGGUUUUUUGUUUUAAGUAGAUUGAACCCCGAUUCAAUCUCUCUCUCUGGUUAAAGAGAGGAGCUGUUUUUUCCGGAAACCCACUCCCCCAGCAUAGAAGGGGGAGGCUUGUAGGUCACGGGGUGGGGGUGGGGAGAAGAAUCUCUUUCCUGAAAUGUCUGCACACUUGCAUCCAGCACGGGUGUCUGUGCAAACUGCAAUUGCCGUCAAUAAAAGCUGUUGAAAUUUUCUUUCUCUUGGUUUCGGUUUUUAAAAAGAGGGGGAGGUUGGGUCUUUGUUUUUUUCUUCAACGUGCGUUGUCGCAGCGACACCCCCCCUCUCCCCACCCCAAUUUUUCCAGUCUGCUUUGCUCUCCCCUCCUACUCCCGGUCAGCUGCUCACGCCAAACUUGGAUUUGAUCCCCACACCUGUCGUCGAGGAUCAACUCUGGACGACGUUUCUCUCCGCAAGAGUUUUGUCUCUUCCCACCCCCCACCCACCCACCUCGGGUCGUCCCAAAGCCCAGGAGGGACGGGAGUCCUUUGGCAUCUCUGGCUGUGCAGGUGGGGGGGAUGGCAGAGGGAUCAGGGGCCAAGAAGCCCUCCCUGCUGGCCAAGGCGGCCGGCUGGGCCCAAGCCGUUUGCCGUGGCCUUGUUUGUUUCUGGAGCAACCAGUAUGCCUGGCUGCUGGGGGUGCCCUGUCUCCGGAGAGCUUACCACCUCUGGUUGGCAGCCGUGGUCAUUUUUGGGCCACUACUGCAGUUCUACGUGAACCCCCGAGCCAUCUUUGCCAACCACCAUAACUUCUUCAACAUAAAGUUUGUCCGGUCGGCCUGGGGCUGGACGUGCAUUUUCCUGGGCGGCUUCAUUCUUUCGGUGGUUUACCUGGCAACCCACCGGGUUCUGCUUACCUUGAGGCACCUCAGCCGCCUGGGCGUGGGGGCCGGGCUCUGGCUGGGGGCCACAGAGACCUUCCUCCUCAUCGAAAACCUCACCGGCUACUGUUUUGACCCCGUGCCCGAGGGCAUCCUGGUGAACAACCUCCCGGACAAGUGGACGUGUUUGCACGAGGGCCACACGUGGCACGGCUACGACGUCUCGGGCCACACUUUCCUGCUGACCUUUUGCUGCCUCCUGAUGGUGGAGGAGACCUCCGUCUUCCGCCGCUACCUGGCCCAGGGCCACCCGGCCGGCGUCCCCCUGCGCCUCAUCUUCCUCCUCAACGUCUUCCUCCUCGCCCUGUGGAACUUCCUCCUGGCCUGCACCGUGGUCUACCUCUACGACUACAGCCACAAGGUGGUGGGCGCCGCCAUCGCCACCCUCUGCUGGUUCCUCACCUACCGCGGCUGGUACCGGUGGCGCUGGUCUCCCGGCCGGCCGGGAACGGGCCUCUUUGUCAAGGGGAGCCCCGGGGAGGCCAAGAAACGGAACUGAGGGCCCCCCCGCUCCCCCACCCCAGAAGGCAAAGGAGAACAACCAAGGGGUUUCUUCUCCCCCCUAGAGACAAAUAAAGAUGAGGCCUGCUCUGUUCUCUA